AUGAAGCAACCUGUGGAUUUAAACUUGGAACCUGGUGCAGAAUCACGUCUAAAAUAUGGUCAUUUAUGGUUUCAACAAAGUACUCGUUUCAAAUGUCCUAAAGCUUCUGUAAUGAUCCAUCUUUGGUCGGAUAUUGUGUCUAAAACAAAAGAAACCAUGGCAUUGCAUACAUUGAUGGUCUAUGGUUUAAAUCAGUCAUUGAGUACAAUCACCUAUGAAGCUGGUGAAGCAGAUCUAGUACAAGAUGUAGCGUUUCGUGAUAAUGGCUUGCGUAUUUGUGUUAGCGGUUUUAGUGAAAAAUUGUUUUGUUUUUAUUCAACUAUACUUGAUCAUAUAUUGGAUCAAACACAAGAUUUAUCCAAAGAAUAUUUCGAAUCAUAUCGUGAUGCUGUACUUCAAAUUUAUUAUAAUGAAGCACUUAAACCAAAUGUACUCAAUACUCAUCUUCAAUUUUAUCUUCUUCGUAAAGAAGCUUAUCUAAUUACAGAUUUAUUGAGUGCACUGAAAAAUUUGUCCGUUGCUGAUGUCGCUGCGUAUAAACAACAAUUUUUGUCCACUUUACAUAUUACUAUUUAUGCUUAUGGUAAUAUAACAAGACAGGAUGCCAUUUCUUUCUUUGAUUAUACAGUGGAGAAGAUUCGACCUAUCCCUAGAUCCACAAGAAAGUUGAUUGAUACCUCAAUCUUAGAUCCAGGUACAUAUUAUCUACGUGUUAUGAAUUGUAAUCCAAACGAUGUAAAUAUGUGUCUAGCUAGAAUACAUUUACUUGGUGAAUCCGAUAUUAAACAACAAUGCUAUAAUAAACUAUUGGCAUUUAUAUUAUCUGAACCGGCUUUUGAUUAUCUGCGUACUAAAGAAACUUUAGGAUAUACUGUUUAUCUCCGAUAUUGGCGAUCAUCUCCUGGUGGUACAUUACAUUCAGGUAUCAGUUUAGUAGCAUAUAGUCCAGCUAAUAAAUAUUCCAUUGAUUAUGUCGCUGGAAGAUUGACUGCUUUCUGGCGUCGAAUAGCUCCAAGGAUUAUUGCUGCUAUGCCAUCGGAAACGUUUAAAACGUCAGUAGAAUCAUUGAUAUCUGUGCAUCAAUUAGAAGAUCCCAAUAUGAUGACAGAAUUUGAAAGAAAUUGGGAUGAAAUUAUGGAAAGUACAGCGAAUUUUAAUUAUCGUGAAGAAUGUGUGAAAAUUUUGUCAACUAUUACUCAAGAAAGUUUAUUGAAUUUCUUCUUAACAGAAUAUUUGGAUGUUAAAAAACAACGUUCUUUAUUUGUACAGGUUGAUGCAAUUGCCAAUCCAGAAUUGACCAAAACUACUGUCUCCAAUUCUUAUUGUUUAGAUUUUGAUACGAUUGACACGAAUUGGGAAACAUUGAGAAAUGAAUAUACAAGUAUAAACAGUAUUGAUAUAACCAACGCUUUGAUGACAUGCGGUUAUGAUGAAAAACAAGCGAUGGAUUUUAUGAUGAAAUCGUAUUCUAAUAGUAAUGGUAAUACAAUUGAUAGCAGUCUACUAUUGGAGCAUGGAGAAAAUGAAGCGAACGAGCAGAAGGCUAUGGUUUUCAUAAAUAAUUUGUUUAAAUUCCGUUCAACUAUUCAAUAUCAAACUGGUCGAAACGUUUAA